AAACAAAUUUUGCUUGUUAUAGAAAAAAUAGAGAAACUUAUUUUGAAAAAAAACGUGAACAUAAAAGGCAUCCAAAACAUGAUAAAACAUUUUUUUUAAAAAAGGAUGAACAAAAUAUGAAUAACAAUUUUCAACUAACUGAAUGUUCUUCAAAUAAUUUACAUAAUAAACAUGCGGAAGAGCCAACGAAUGGUCAGAUUGAACAAAAUUGGAAAACAAAUUACGAACAUGUGUUACCUCUUAUUCAGAAGAGUAGUAAGAGUGACGUAAAUAAUAAGCAACUUAAAUUAUUUACUAGUGAAUUUUCAAAGCGGAAAAUACAGAACGAUAUACACCAAGACAUACAUAAAAACAUAAAGCAUUACACACAAUACGAUAUACAACAAGAUACAGAACAAGAAAUGGAUAUACAAAUCAGAGGGGUACCACAAAUAAAACAUCAGUACGAUGAAACGGUUGAAUUGGUUAAAAAAGAAAGAUUGUGUGACAAUGACUCAUGCAACACUUACGAUCUUGUGGAAAAAAUAAAUUAUUAUAAACUCACUUUAUGUGAGUAUAAACGCUUAUUAAAAAAGCAAAACACAUCUAAUACAAAAUUAAAAGAAAUACAAAAACUACUAUCAUAUGAAAUCGAAAAAAACGAAAUAAUUAAUCAAAAAUAUAUUGAUUUGUUGAGUAAAGUUAGGGAUGUAACAAAAAAAAAAGAGGAACAGGGACAUCGACAUCGACAUGAACAGAAAGAACAAGAAAUAAUAUCAACAUAUAAACAAACAAUUGAAUAUAAAACAACAUUAAAAAUACAAGAGCUUCUAAAUGAAAUUAAAUUUCUUACACAGGAUAUCGAAGUGUUAAAAGACCAUCAAAACUUAUUACAAAAAGAUGUUAAUGACAAGAAUAAAAUAAUAUCACAUUUGAUAAAAAAACAUGCAUUGAAUGAGGAACAUUUUAGACUUGAUACAAGCUUCGAAAUUUAUAAUGACCAACUGACAUACAACGAAAUGAAAAAAGUAAUGGAAGAAACCCUUAUUGAAAAUAUUAGGCUCCGCAAUGAUCUCAUGACUUUGGCUAAAAGUGUUAACUAAAGAAAAAAAAAAAAAAAAAAAAAAAA